UAAUCCAGUCAGCAACGAACAAUGAUCCAACGUUUUUGAAUCUACGAGUAUAUUGGUACUCGAAAUGGCGAAGGCGGGUUGGAAGCCUUGACGCGAAUGGCCUCGAGUUGUCAUCGCCGUUUGGACAUGGAUGAGAGCUUCUGUGUUGUGGCAUGGCCGGGGCUUUUGCAAAUCGUCCUGUAUCACCUAAAAGUCCAUCCCUUCCCUAAGGGGAGCCCUUGGUCAACCGGCAGCGAUGUCUUCGAAAGCCAGCCGUCCAGGCGAGAGAAGCCUGAUGCAGAUGCAUCAGACGAUGAUUUUUCUGCUUUGAAUGAAGGUGAUGAAGAUAGUGAUGAUGGUGUUGAAUUAAGGUGGUUUGGUCAGACGAAAGAGCAGGACUCAUGGCUUGAGUUUUGCUACGUAAAUAAGGCAUCAAUUCAAUUCAAUGAAGACGAAAUGUUGUCAGACUCAGUAUUAUGUGGAAUACAUUACUCUUAA